AUGCGUCUCCUUAAUACCAAGACUUAUCGGUUGGAAGAAUUCUCAGAUGGCUGCAUUCCGCUAUAUGCCAUCCUUUCACACAGGUGGCAGGAGCAAGAGGUCGUUUUUCGUGACCGAGAAACUGUUCCGGCAUUUACGGGACAACUAUACAGUAAACUGUCUUGGAGUUGCGCCCAAGCAAUGAAAGAUAAUCUGGCCUAUAUUUGGGUGGAUACCUGCUUCAUUGACAUGUCGAGCAGCGCUGAAUUAUCAGAAUCCAUCAACUGCAUGUACGAAUGGUACCGGUGUGCGGCGGUGUGUUAUGCUUAUCCGUAUGAUAUGAUGGAGACUUCUAGCUUCCGUUCCAGCAUAGAUUACAUCACAGUAAAAUAUGCCGCACAGCGUCUAAUAGCCGAGCGCUUAUUUAGCUUGUCAAUGAUGAACCAAAUACACCAUGAACAUACUGCCAAUGUAGGUCAAUUAUUUUCGCCAUUCCACGCUCGGUUUGUUAGACAGAGCACAAUGCUCGGUUUAGCAGCGUAUUGUAGCAGCAGCGAAGAUGAGGAUGUGGAUGCUCCUCCGACAAAAAUUCAGCAAGCAAAGCAACCAACGGACUCUACAAAAACUAUUUCAGCUCAACCAGCAGAUAAAGAAAACGCUGGCUCAGACCAGCGAGAACGCAUACCUCGGACUAUCGAAGAUAUAAAUAAUAAACCUCUAGUCGGGCCUUUCCAACCAAUACAAUCAAUAUCUCCUACCGGUAACGAGCCUUCAUCGUCAUCUCGAAAAUCCUCACCCUUCUCCGCAAACCGCGCCUUACUCCGCGACAUGACCCUUCCCCCCAUCCCCAACUUCGACAUCCCGCCCUCCCCUCCUGGUUCCCCCGAUCCAGCCGCGAACCAGAAAUUCGCACACUUCUUCUCUCUGAAAAGGCAAGGCGUACAUUUCAACGAGAAGUUGGCUAGCUCUUCAUCUCUGCGAAAUCCAAGUUUGCUGGCAAAGUUGAUGGAACAUGCUGGUAUCGAUGGACAGGCGCAAUAUGCCACCUCCCUCCCUAAGGAGCUGUGGGAUCCCGUCUCGACACUACCACCGUGGGGCUACAAGGAGGAGUUACUUAAAAGCCAGCAGGAAGUGCGACGGAAAAUUGAAGAGAAGAAAGCAUCGGGGCCAAGAGAAGCUAUAGAUUUUGUCUCUGCGGGUGGGGGAGGACAAUCGAGAGAACCUGCGACUCCACCCGGUGGGAAGAGUAGGCCUAGUGCCGCUGAGCGUGUUAUGGCGGGGCUAAAUAGGGAGAGGACAAGCUCACCAAUGAAUCCUGAACGGGGUCGACGGACGGCGGAUUUGGAGCGGAGGACUAGACGGAGUGAUUCUAAUCACAAGAGACGGAAGUCCAGGUCCCCACCGGAGAAGAGGAAAUGA